AUGUUCAAAGGGCCGGUGGAGAGCAAAACCGAAGCAGCCAUGUCUGAGCUGGUGCCAGAGUCACGACAAAAACCAGUUGUGCCCAUGAAACCCAUGGGCAUUAAUGCCAACCUGCUGGGCUACAUCGGCAUCGACACCAUCAUUGAGCAGAUGCGCAAGAAAACCAUGAAGACAGGUUUUGACUUCAACAUCAUGGUUGUAGGGCAGAGUGGGCUGGGAAAGUCGACGCUGGUGAACACCCUCUUCAAAUCCCAGGUGAGCCGCAAAUCUUCAGGCUGGAACCGGGAGGAGAAGAUCCCCAAGACGGUGGAGAUCAAAGCCAUUGGGCAUGUCAUUGAAGAAGGUGGUGUCAAAAUGAAGCUGACAGUGAUUGACACACCAGGGUUUGGGGACCAGAUCAACAAUGAGAACUGCUGGGAACCUAUUGAGAAAUACAUCAAUGAGCAAUAUGAAAAAUUUUUGAAAGAGGAGGUGAAUAUUGCAAGGAAGAAACGGAUUCCAGACACACGAGUGCACUGCUGCCUUUACUUCAUCUCCCCCACAGGCCACUCCCUGCGACCUUUGGACCUGGAGUUCAUGAAACAUCUCAGCAAGGUAGUCAACAUCAUCCCGGUUAUUGCCAAGGCUGACACCAUGACCUUGGAGGAGAAGACUGAAUUCAAACAAAGAGUGCGCAAAGAGCUUGAAGUAAACGGGAUCGAGUUUUACCCCCAGAAAGAAUUUGAUGAGGACUUGGAGGAUAAAACAGAGAACGACAAAAUCAGGCAGGAAAGCAUGCCCUUUGCUGUAGUAGGCAGUGACAAGGAGUACCAAGUGAAUGGCAAAAGAGUCCUGGGCAGGAAAACACCUUGGGGAAUCAUUGAAGUGGAAAACCUCACUCACUGUGAAUUUGCCCUGCUUCGAGAUUUUGUCAUCAGGACCCACCUUCAGGACCUUAAAGAAGUGACUCACAACAUCCACUAUGAGACCUACAGGGCCAAGCGGCUGAAUGACAACGGAGGGCUGCCCCCCAUGACUGUGGAGACAGAGGAAAACCACGAAAGUAACCUGUGA